GCGAGGGGAUAGUGGGCAUAAACUUGCUCUGUUUGCAACACCUUCCCUUUUCGUCAUGAAUGAAUUGAGAGCUCUAGGACCCGUUUGGGUUGAAUGAAAGCUGAUACGCCGUAAUCAGCUUACCUUCUGCGAACAGCUUCACAAUGGACGCAUCAUCUUCUGCCCUGAUAGAGGGCUUGCGAGCAGCGGCCAAGGUGAAAGAUCUCAGUGGGCAAUUUGAUCCCUCUCCCCGAUACCUUGUUGGGUCAGGCGGCUACUCUACUGUCUGUAUUGCAACUUGGAGGCCUCCUGAAUGUGAAGGACCAAUGAAGGUUUGUUACAAGGAGCUUCGUCCACCUGUAAGCAACAUGCGCGAAGCUGUGGAGAGGACAAGGAAAACUGUCAAGUACCUUACCCGUGAGAUGGGAGUUUGGAGCGAAUUGGAUCACCCUAAUAUCCUCAAGUUUCUUGGCUUUGCCGUCGAAGGGGACGGAUGCGAUGUAAAGGGUGUACUGGUUUCUCCUUGGUGCCCAAAUGGGAGUGUACUCGAGUAUCUAGAGAAGAACCCGCAUGCAGAAAGGAUUGGUUUGGCAAGGGGCAUCGCGAAAGGGCUUGACUAUCUACAUCAUUUGAUGCCAGCAGUUAUUCAUGGAGAUCUCAAGCCUGCAAAUGUUCUCGUUGGCGAUGAUCACAAAGCAAUAUUAUGCGAUUUUGGGUUGUCUCGUUUUAGCAGUGAACUCACCACGGGUCAAACAUCCUCAGCCGUUGCUUUCACGAUCAGGUUCACGCCCCCAGAGGUAAUAUGUAACGAGGAGAGAAAGAGCACUGAAAGUGAUGUUUAUUCAUUUGCAUGCACAUGUAUUCCGAUAUUAUUCGGAAAACAACCAUUCUCUGGUCUGAAUGACAUCCAAGUAGUUGCACGGAUCCCGAAAGAAGGCCCUUGGAAUUGGGAUCUCAAGGACCCGCUGCAACGCACUCUGUCCGACUGCUGCUCUGUAGUGACCAAGAACCGCCCCUCUAUUCGGGAGGUCCUGCAAACUGCUGCAUUUGUUGGAUCCUUCCUGCCUCCCCGAGGCACCACGGGCGCUCCGAAGAGCGUCAUUGCGCCCCACGAUGCUCGUACAUUAGGCACGUCCAACCCUCGACGUCACAGCUCUUCUCAGGGCCUCAAGUGCCCAGGGAAUCUUCUCUCCGCAUCCGCGUAGAACGCGAAUUAAUGCAAGAAGAUGAGCGGAACCUCGUGAAAACAAUACAGCUCGACCAACUGCGUGUACCCGAAGGUUAUCCUGCAUUUCUGUACUCGGGGACUUACAACGGUGUUUGUACACG